AUGAAUUAUAUUAUAUUUGAUGAUCCAAAUGAUUCUAAUAAGAAUUUUCCAAAAAAACACCUUAUCUCUGUUUAUGCAACUGUUACAGUUCAAAAUAACUUUAAAUCAGUUGAACAAUUAUUACAUGCAGUUUCAGCUGAGACAGAUUAUAAGCUUCAAUAUUCUAUAAGCAAAGAAAUAACAAUUCUCAAAGACUACCAAAAUGAAUCAGAUUCUUCGGAAAUGUUAAAAAAUGCUUUAUUGUUCGAAUUAAAUGAGAAUAAAGAUGAAAAUGAAUUAGUUAACAGAAGUGUUUACUAUGUCAGUUACAAUGAAGACAUUCGAAACAUGAUCAUAGUUUAUCGACGCUGCGAUACUCAUAAUAUUCAAUUCACAUACCUUGAAGGAUCUUAUACUUUUUUGAAAGUUAAUUGGAAUAAUUAUGUUCUUUAUCAUGAACUCCCAUAUAAAAAAAAACCAUUAGAAAAUGUUAAGAGUCAUCCCAUUAUUUAA